GCUAGACAAUGGUUUGUCUCAAAGCUUGAUGGGACCAAAUCCAGUAGCUGCGGGUUUUUCGCAUCCUCCCCGUGUAAAACCAUACGGCAAGCUACUUCGCGUGUGAUGAAUGGUGACAUCAUCAACAUAGAUGGUGUAGGAUCGUCACGUGACCCUUAUGUGUGCGAGAGCGGAACAAAAUCCCCUCUACCUAGCCUAACUAUGCGAAGCUAUAAUACGACAGCAUUUAUCUCUUGCAAGAGAGGUGGCUUUCGAUUUAUGUGCAACCCAAGAGCGGACGCUUCUCGAGAAGUUUCUUUGAAAGAUAUUACCUUCACUAACACUUCGCUACAUGUUGUCAGCUGUUCUGUUAAGGUCUCCGAUUGCUCCUUUAUAAACAAUUCUGUUCUCGCGCUAUCCACGAGUUUCACUGGAGAUUCAAUAAUAGCUGUUCAAAUCAAUGGAUGUAAUUUUCGAGGAAACAACAUAACUAGUUUGGCGAUUGACGGAGGUUCCAUGAAUUUGUACAUUUUCAAUACCAGGUUUGCUUUCAACAAAUUACACGGUGUAGAGGGCGCCUUACUUGCUCUGUUCACUAAAAAAUUACAAGAGUCAAAUAGUAGGAUCACAAUUGAUUUCACCAACACAACAGUUACACAAAAUGUCUGUCCUGGACGAGCAUGCUUUGAAUUUGUCGCUGGGAUGGAUGGAGCUGAAAUAGCUUUAAAGAUGGAGAAAGGAAUGCUUGAGAGCAAUGUGAUUGCAAAUGGCGAAGGAAGCGUUGUGGACGUUCAUGGCUUUGCAAACGCUAAAGUUGAAUUGAAAUCGAUGCAUUUCCAGAGAAAUAGAGGUAGAGCCGUUGAAAUUUACUGUGGUAAUUCACUUGAACUUAAAAUCGCAAAAUCCGAGUUUUCUUAUCACAAAAUAUACCAAUGGGACGGAGGGGCGGUCCUCGUCAGCAAUUUUACGAAGAAAGCUUCUGCUUCCGUGGUCAGAUCAAAAUUUCGUUCGAAUUUUGCAAGAAAUGGAGGAGCAUGCGCUUUCGUCGACAUAUUUUCUCUGGUACUGGAUAUAGAGAACAGUCAAUUUAUGCAAAACGAAGCGUUGAUUUCAGGUGGUGCUUUAAUUGUGGGUAACCAUAACAGAACGCUUGAAAAGUCUGCUAUCGAUGUCCGUAGUUCAAAAUUUAUUCGAAACGCAGUUGCCAUGGUAAAUAUUUCCACAAGUAUUCCAAUUACAAACUCUUCACUACAAACACAUGACAGUGGUGCCCAUUCAUACUACAGGUAUGCAAAAAAGGGCGGAGGGGGGGCCUUAUCUAUUUACGUGUCACAAGCGAUGAGGUUAUCAUUGGCGGACAGCAUUUUUGCGGAUAAUCAGGCACAAGCAAUGAAUUCUGGAGCUGUUCGAGCUCUGCUCAGUACACUCUACCAAGAUAUCGAGAUCGUAAACUGUGAAUUUCUGCGCAAUUCGGGAGGUUUAGAGUCUGGUACUUUUCAACUGAUCGUCAAGACACCGUUACCCCUGUUUCGUGCAAUAUUAAAAAACCUGACGUUUGUCAACAACGGUGGUAACAGUAUUUAUGACAUUUAUCUUUCUCAAAAUCGCCUCUCGAUGCAGUCUUGUAAAAUGCAAAGAAAUUCUGGCGGUGGAAUAUUCAUAGGGACAUCUUCAAAGGUUCUAUUUAUCCAUAUGGAGAAUACCCUGCUAAGUGACAAUAUCAACUUCGGAUGCAACUUUUACAAGGGUGAUUUCAAAAAUCGAUCGGUGUACAAAUUUAAAAACGUUUCGUUUGUAAACAAUACCUGCAACACAAAGGAUUCAAUUCUUCGGAUUUACAUGCAUAGAAAUCAAAGUUUCUUUGGCUUGCAGCGAAGCAGAUUCGUCGAUAAUUUCUGCAAAUCUGGAGUGGUGAAAGUUUCAGUGAACUCUGGCUUGAGGUCUAAUAAUACUAAGGUAAUCAUCAACAACACUGAAUUCCGCAAUAAUUCUGGGUUUGCCGAGAGCACCUUCACAAUAAGUGGUAUGAACGAGAUAAUAAUCCAAAAUAGUGUUUUUAAUACCAACUUUGGUGCCACAGAUGGUUCUCAUAUCCGAGUACAAAUGCGGUCGAGUAAAUUAACAAUCAACAAAGCAACUUUCCAUCAGUCUAAUACGGAAAGAAAACAACCAUUUCAUGGUUUUUUUACAGCAACAAGCUUUGGAAGCAUUUACAUCAAUGAGACCUCAUUUAUUUCGGACCUUUUUAGCGUCGGCAGUGUGCCCCUUAUUCUUGUUAAAGGUGUGCGCGAGGUAGUGAUGGAUGAUUCCGUUUCAAUCAAAGCUCCAUUGAGCACCAAGCUUAAGAUGGAUAAUUUCACACACUUGGAAAUGGGAGAGAACAUUGGCUCAUCGAGGAUAACCUCAUUCGCAUUUAGCACCGAGCCGUGCCCCAUGCGAUCAUACAGCAUACAUCGUGGCAGCGGCAAGGGCUUUACUCUUGAGGACAACAUCACGUGCUAUACCUGUCCAAAUGGAGGCGACUGUUCAUCUUCUCUUGCUGCACGACCCAACUUUUGGGGCUAUCCUAUCGGGGACAAGGUUUAUUUUAAGCUAUGCCCGGAAGGUUACUGCUGUCCAACUGUCAGUCAAACGUGCCCUUAUCACCAUGAUAGCUAUUUACAUUCUGGUUGUCAAGGAAACCGGACUGGGAUCCUUUGCGGACAAUGUAAAAAGGAUUUUAGUGAUGGUCUGUUCACGACACAAUGUCAUCCGGUCAGAGAAUGUAAUCAGGGCUGGUUGUUCUCCAUUUUCAUAGUAGUUGGAACAUUGUUUGCUUUGUAUCUCAUCACAAAACCUCCAUUGUGUGAAAGAUUAAUGACAAAUCUCACUUGGUUUCUUCCGAACCAUAAACAAGAUGAUUACAACACCUUGAACGAUGUCAAAAAACCUCAGACCUACUCCAAAGACGCAUUCUUGAAAAGCCUAUUUUAUUUCUAUCAAGUUGCUGGAGUCUUAACCGCUUCGUCUUAUGGUGUGCCUCAUCUGUUAAAAGAUAAAAUUGUUUUACCAAUCACAACCCUGUUGAAUUUCCAGAUUUCUGUCAACAAUGGCUGGAAGAUCUGUCCUCUAACGGGUAUCACACCGCUAUCAAAAACUCUCUUCCAGCUCGCUUUUUUGACAGCCAUAUUCAUCUCGAUUCCAGUGAUGUACCUUCUUCACAGCGGUUUGAACAAACUACGCAGGCGCAGCCCAGCCCUUCCACCUGGUGGUCCUUACCUAGGAGCGGCCCUUGAGAUGUUUUUGCUUGGUUACUCAGCGCUGACCGUGACCGCCAAAAAUCUGCUGUACUGUGUACCAAUACAGCACGUGUCUCGUUGGUAUUACGACGCACAAUUCACGUGCUAUCAGUGGUGGCAAAGUGCUUCUUUAAUAAUAAUCGCCCUGUACUUGUUCCCGUCUAUAUUUUCACUGUAUUUUUCUACGUUUCGACUGUAUCAGGGGAAAAUCUCAGCGAAGAUGUUCCUAUUGGCAUGCGUAUGUCCCUUUCCGUACCUACUCUAUAUUUUCAUCUUGCAUGUUAAGAAAGUAACUACACAAAAGUACGGCUGUCAAGAAAUGACACCCAAAACCAACACCACUCUUUGUGGAGAGGAAGACACUCAUUUUCCCAGUCGGACGGAAAAAUCUCUUAUUGAAGUCCUCUGUGGUCCAUUUUCCAAGCCACAAAACUACCAAUCAGCUGGUAGUAUUUACUGGGAGAGCAUUCUUAUCGGCCGUCGAUUUGUCAUCAUCUUAAUUAGCUUGUUUCUGGAGCAUGCGUUCUUGCGGUCUGUGUGCCUGACAAUCAUUUGCCUCACGUUCUUGCUGCAUCACCUUUACAAGAAACCCUUCGCGCACUUUAGCGCCAACGUCGUUGAGGCCAUUUCGCUAGCAACAUUAGUGGUCAUAGCAAUACUGAACGUCGGUGUGGCAUCAUAUUUCUCCGUGGGAAGCGAAGUUGGCGGUGUCAAUCAGAAGUAUAUCACUUAUUUUCUCUUGAUAGAAGCAAUUCUGCUGGGAAUUGUGCCUCUCAUAUUUGCAGUGUUUGUCUCCUUGUCCCUUGUUUUGCAGCUUGUGAGGGUAGUGAUCAUUCUAAUCCAAACCGUUCUUACGAGAUGGCCCUUUGUGAGACCAAGAAACAAUACGCAGUUGUCACUGGAAAAUCAAGGACAACCUUUACUUCCUACUAACACAUUAUAG